AAUUGCCGGGAAAUUAGUUUGUAGAGCUUCUCCGCUGGUGUCGUUCUGCUGACAUGGACGAAUAUGAUGAACUGUUCGAGAGACAGGACGACUUUGAUGACCAGUUCGCUGACGAACUGGAGGUUUUGGCUGAGAUGGAGAUGGACUCUUCCAAGCCUCAGGGACGCCAGGGUCAGGGGCCAGGAGACGACAUUUCAGACAUUGAGCACUUGCUGGACAAUCAACCCAUCACUCCAAAGGCAAAGCGGCAGAAGCAGGAGGCAGGUGUGGUCAAGAGACUUUUCAGCACAUCACAAUCUCUAGAGAGCAAAGCUGACAUCACACCUCCGUCCUCUCCAGAGCAGUUUGAACCUUCUCACACAUUCAGAUCUGCUCCUGCUGAAUUGGACAUCAGUGGCUUUGCUACCUUCCCAGCAACGCCGUUGCGACCUCACACAGCGGCGCCUGCAUCACUGCGUGUUAUGAAGCGCCCUCCAUUAGAGGGAGAGUACAUCAGCGUGACCGACUCAUCGGGGACUCGCGUUUACCUCCGGCAGAAAGACACAGAGACAAAGAUAGUAGAAUCCAGGAUGGUACCAAACUCCCAGGGUUCACUGGGGCUGCUGGCAGUGCCAGUAAGUGUAAUGAGAGAGCAAGAAGCAGAGAGGCGUCACCAGCAGGUCGUGGAGGAAUCGCAACGUCUCUCAGAACUACUGGCCAGCAGUGUGAACGACGUGUGUGUUGAGCCUGAAAGCAGAGAUGAUGAGGUUGAGGAUGACGAUGAGGGCCGAACCUCUCGUCUCUGGGUCGACAGAUUUUCUCCUCGACACUACACGGAGCUUCUCAGUGAUGAUUUUACCAACCGUUGUCUGCUCAAGUGGUUGAAACUCUGGGACACCGUUGUGUUUGGAAAAGAGAGGAAGACCCGCCCUGCCCGCUCUGACAGACAGGCUGCCAAUCAACACACUUUUAAACCCAACCAAGGCAACCAGAAUCCAAACCGCUUCAAGACCAAGAUGGAGAUGACGGAAGAGAUACUGGAGGCUGAACUGGACCAGUACAAAAGACCCAAAUUCAAGGUGGCAAUGUUGUCUGGUCCUCCAGGUUUGGGGAAGACCACGCUGGCUCACAUUAUCGCCAAGCAUGCUGGAUACAAUGUGGUGGAAAUCAAUGCCAGUGAUGACCGCAGCGCGGAGGUCUUCCAGAAACGCAUCGACACAGCAACCCAGAUGAAGUCGGUGUUAGGAUCCAACGAGAGACCAAACUGCCUCAUUAUCGAUGAGAUCGAUGGAGCACCUGUGGCUGCCAUCAACAUUCUGUUAGCAACUCUGAACAGGAAAGACGGGCAUGGAGGUGAGGCCACUACAGAGACGGCAAAGAAGAAAAAGAAGAAGGAGACCAUCCUGCUCCGACCAAUCAUCUGCAUCUGUAACGACCUUUAUGUUCCAGCUCUGCGGCCUCUCAGGCAGCAGGCCUUCCUCCUGACGUUUCCUCAGACUCAGCCUUCCCGCCUCACACAGAGACUGGCUGAGAUUUCACUUCAACAGGGGAUGAAGGCAGACACGGGCACUCUGAUGUCACUCUGCGAGAAGACAGACAAUGACAUCAGGUCUUGCAUCAACACACUGCAGUUCCUUCACGGUCGUGGUCACAAGCAGCUGAACGCAAAGACAAUCCAGUGCAUCGCUGUGGGACAGAAGGACCAGAACAAAGGCUUGUUCCAUCUGUGGCAGGAGAUCUUUCAGUUACCACGUACAAAACGGAAACGUAUCGGUGAGGGCUUUGAGGAGGCACCAGGCUCAGGAGGUGGCGCUCAGAGGUUCCAGCACAUUCUACACUUGUCUUAUUCUAGUGGAGAAUAUGAAAAGGUUUCUCAGGGUCUGUAUGAUAAUUACCUGUCCAUGCGUGUGAGGGACCCCAACAUGCACUGUGUGUGCGAGGCUCUGGAGUGGCUGUCGUUCUCAGACAGGCUGAACCAAAUGAUUAUGCACAACCAGAAUUUCACCCUGAUGAAAUACCUGCCCUUCCUGUCCGUCACCUUCCACUUCCUGUUUGCCCACACACACGUGCCCCGCAUCAGUUAUCCCCACAGCCACCACGAGGCCACUUCUCGUCUCCUCAGCAGCAGGAACGCCUUGUCGUCCAUGUUGGCCGAUAUCCCAGCAAGCAUCAGAACUAGGAUCAGCCAGCUCAGCCUGACUCUUGAUAUUCUGACUCUGCUGCUCAACAUCAUCUCUCCCAAACUAAGGCCUGUCAAUCCACAACUGUUCAGCACCAGAGAGAAGGAACAGAUGCGUGAGCUGAUCAACACCAUGCUGGCCUACAACCUCUCCUACAGGCAGGACCGCACGCCUGAAGGACAGUACACAUACGUGCUGGAACCACGUGUUGAGGAGGUGGUGAGGUUUCCAAGCCUGCCCCCGCAUCGCCAGCUGACGUAUCAGGCCAAACAAACCAUCAGCAGAGAGAUGGAGCAGGAGAGGAUGAGGAGAGCUGAGCAACUGAUGCUGCAGCGAAACCCUGCAGCGAAAGAUAAAGACAAAAAAAGUGCUGUUCCCAAAACAACCAGUAACCAUCAGCAGAGGCUGGAGAACAUUGUCAAACAGACCACUUUGGAGACCAGGCCCGAGGUGGAUUUCUUCGGUCGAGCGAUCGCCCCCAAACCUCAGAGAGCGCAGAAGUCGUCAGACACAGGUGAGAAGUGUCCCGUUCUUGCGAUGGGAACCGCAGUGGGCAACAGUGACGUCUGGUUCAGGUUCAACGAGGGCAUGUCCAACGCCGUCCGGCGAAACGUCUACAUCAGAGAGCUACUGUAACACACUCGCGCCUCCCCUUGCGUUCACACUACUGUCGCUCCUUUGCAUGCGGUGUUUGCUAAAGGGUCUGAAUCAACACGCGCCUCCAUGUUAAAUUCAAAACAGUCUUUAUUUUUGAUUGACAGUGUAAAGAGCCAAUACAAACGUGGUGGUGUUGGAACAUUUCUCAGCAGACCAUCAAAACAAACCUCUAAAAAGGAGCUCAUCAGUGUUUGUACACUCACACACACAUAAAACAACAGCAUUCAGAAGUCUCCAAAUAAAUAAACAACAUAAUAUUA